AUGGCCAAGUCAAACGGACCAACCACCACACAGUUACCCUUCGCCAUUAUGGCCUAUAGGGCCAGUGUCCUCACGUCCACGGGUUACGCAGCCUUUAUGAUGCUAACUGGACGCCAACUUCGACUAGCCGCGGAUUCCCAGUUCCCUAUUUACUCGUUCCCGGCUACCCCGGCUACCGAUAAAUACUUCGCAGACCUACAAGAGACCCUACGGAUCACCAACAACCGCUCGAGUGAACACGAUCGUGUUGUGGUUCCACAGAAUCUACAAGUCAGGGUCUUGAGACAGUUCUACAAUGGGCAUCCGGCCAUCAACCGCAUGAGGGCUCUCGCCUGCAGUUAUGUGUAUUGGCCUCAAAUGGACCAACAACUGGAAUAG